AUGUUUCCUCAACAGGAACCUUCCUCAAGUGCUCCUGAGCAGUGGCAGGAGGAAAAAGAACACAAGGAACAACCCCAGAGCGGCCGUAAAAAAGCAGGAAUCCACGACAGUGUGUCCGGGACAAAAGCAGAAACAGCGGCAGAGAGCGGCACGGGGACAUUCCCGAGCGCUGCGCUCCACAUCCCUCUCUCCAGGCUCAGGGAAAUAGAAGAAGAGCUGAUCUGCGCUGAUGAGGUGGACCCCGAGUUCGAGUCCGGCGAGCCAGGGCCAGCAGCAGGGCCAGCAGCAGGGCCAGCAGCAGCGGCUCAGCCUCCUGGCCGAGCCCCAGCCCCGGGGGACAGCCGGUGGCUCGGUGCUGGCGCGGGGCUCCGGGCGGCGCUGCGGGAAGGCAGCGCUCGCUGCCGGCAGCGCGAUUUCGCUGCGGCCGCCGCCAGGUUCUCCACGGCACUGGAGCUUUGUAGUAAAGGCUUUGCCACAGAGGAUCCUCUGAAGUCCUCUCCAGAUGAUAUUUCCAGGCUUGCCAGCUGGAUUGAGUCAAAACUCGUCAUCUGCUACUUAAAACUGGGGCAGCCUGGCCUUGCUCUGCAUCAUUCACACAGGAGCAUCAUUGAGAACCCCUCUCACUUCUGCAAUCACCUGCGCCAAGCCGCUUGCUUUCGGUGCCUGCACAGAUACUCGGAGGCUGCCAGGAGCGCCAUGGUGGCGCAGUGUCUGUACGUCCUGGCUGAGGGUGCGAGGCUGCAGACCAGUGACCUCCUCCAGCUGUACUGGCAGGCUAUGACUCAAGAAGCCCUCAGUGGAGAAAUCUCUUUUUCUGUUCUGUACACACCUUUUGAGAAAGAGGACAAGGCUGACAAAAUAAAGGAGGCCAACAAAACCUUUGCUGAGAGGCACCCUGAAUAUGUGCAGCACAUAUUUACAGAUCCUCAUGGAAUUCACCUGUUGCCAGAAAAGGCUGAGUCUCAUCCUGGCCAGCAGUACUUACUGACUCUGGGCUUCAGAAACAAAGAGAUUGGAAAAACCUUGGAAAAGUUUGUAACUCAAAAGCUGCCAAUCUUUCCAGGCCAGAAAACAACUUUCAGUCUCAGCAUGGAGGAAGAAGCAGAAACGUUUUGGCAGAACAGUGGGGAAAGAAUCAUGGCAGCCAUGGCUUUUAUAGGAAGCACCAAGAUCAAGGAUGAGCGUGGCCCGUGUGCUUGGGCUGUUGAGCAGUUCCAUCUCACCAGCCUGCUCAGCCACCUGCAGAGAGGGGAGGAGCAGGCCCAGGUGAUGACCCAGGUGAUGGCUGAGCUGGCAACGGUUCGCUACCUGCAGAGAGUCUCUCAGGAGGAUGACAAGCUGCUGCAGUCCCUGAUGGCAGAUGCCAUGGACAUCCUGGCAGGAAGGACUGGAGAGCAUGUGUCAACUAAAAUACACAAGGUGGCACUAAUUGAAGAGUACUUGAGGGAAGGAGAAGAAUAUUACUUAAGGACCCCAAGUGUGCAAAUACCUGGAAUGGAAAACAUCAACUGGACUCCAAAGGGACAGAAAUAUUUGAGACUGGAAAACACAAGCAUGUUCAUUCCCAACCCACGAAGCCUGGCCCCAGGGCUAAAAAAAAAUGCAUAG